UUAGCUCAUCUUGAAUUUUCACUUUUUCCAAUUUUGGGCAAACAUAAAAACACUUGACCAAAUUCAUGGAACCUGAUGAAUUGCACAAUUUCAAUUCAUUAUCUAUGCAUGUUGCAUUUAACAUAAAGAUGCAAGUACCAGUACUUCCCCAUGGGGGUCAUGCAAAAUGGUAUCUUCUGACAAUGUGAGGUUUGUCACUUGUAGAGAUUUUGUACCAUUUUAGCUUUGAACUUAGAUGACUAUACAACACAACAUUGAGUCAUGUUUUUUGUUGUUUUGUUUUUUUUCAUUUUAUGUGUAUUACAUGUAGUAUAAGAAGAAAGAAGAACAGUAACAUUUCUCACUCUCACACUAACUGAACAUGUUUUAGGGCAAGCGGCGUCUGUUCAAGGACUUCGUGGAUAAAAACCAUUAUCCAACAUUCAGAGACUAUAUCAUCAAGAUGAAGAUGUUGGGGGAAUGGGGAGACAACAUCAUUCUGCAGGCAACAGCUGACCUCUAUAAGAGAAAGAGACGGAAGCAGCUAAUGACACCAAAAUGGACACAGAAGAUGAAUCAGAUUCAGAUUCAAAGUAUCCAAUCAACACUGCUGUAUGGGAACACAAGUGAGGAACAACUUCAAAGGCAUGAUGAGUUUGUCAGCGGCUUCCCAACACCAGACCGAAGAGUCAAUUUUGCAGAGGGAUAUCUGUCUCAAUAUAGCUGCCACAGAUUACCUGAUGUAUGUUGGGGUAAAGGAAGCUAUAAUUCAUAUUCUGAUGGAUGUGCUGAAUAAACCCUAUGAAGAAGUCAACUAUGAAUGUAAAUCAACAGAAUUUGAUGCCAGUCAAGUUCCAGGGAGGGGUGUCCACAUCACUGUGGAUGACGAAUAAUGAUGGCUUGGUUCACACAGGGAGGAUUAAAAUGCCACUGUUAUACAGGAUGACUGACUUGCUGGAUGUGUUGUGAUGAUUGUGCUUGCACACUGAUAUCAACACCCACAUAUAUUAUCUUUACAAGAAAAGUAAUUUGAUGUACAUGAACCACAGUGACAUGUCAUUUUGUAACAUUAGUAUUUCUUUGUAUGACAAUGUGUGAAU